GUCGCAUUGAGUAUUGCGGUAAUUUAGGUUAUGUUGCUACAAUCGAAUAAAUAGACUUUAUCAAAUACGUUGGUAUGGAUUGGUGCAGUGUUUGUUUUGCAUAGAUUUUUUUUAUUGUUCUUUAUUUUAAUAAAUCAAUUUCAUGAGAUGAUUCGAAUAUUGCAACUGUCCCGAAAAUUAUUCGGCCGCCGUCAACUGUUACACACUUUAAAAUCACGGGAAUUAGAUGAGCCUUCUUACCACAAGAAACCGCUAGAUCCACAAAUUGUAUCACUGGUCAAAAAAUAUGAUUCAGAUAUAUCAUACAGUUCACACAUAGAAUUGAAUAAAAAACCGCUAACAUAUAAACAACGGUCGGAACUAUUAUUCGAACUUGGCUCCAAAGCAUUUAUUGAGCGAUUAAAUAAAGCCAGAGAAUCGGAACCGUCCGUUUUAGUGGAGAAACUGAUCGAAUUCAAUGAUUUGAAACAAAAUAAUAAUACCGCAAAGACGGUUAUAGACGAAGUAGAACCAACCACUCCAUUAGUACGGGAAACGGUGAUAGCUGAGGAUGAAGAGAAAAAAGCACAAUUGGCCAGAGCUAAACUGAAAAUAUUGACUGAGAUGGGCUUGCGACGAUCAGCGAUUGAGCAUGAAAUUCAAUCAUUUCCGGAUAAUUGGAUGGAAGAUUACGAAACAUUCGAUGAAAAUGACUUGCCUGACACACAGUAUGGCACACCAGAUCCAAAAGUGCCAUUUUCAAAAGUACCUUGUCACGGAUGCGGUUCGAAUUUACAAUGUGCCGAUCCGAGUAUUCCGGGCUAUUUACCUAGUGAAUUGAUGAGCGGGCACGAAAGAGUUGUGCUAAAACGGCUGAUUUGCCAACGAUGCCAUUUCUUGAAGAACUACAACACGGCACUGAAAGUACAGGUCAGCGCUGAGGAUUAUGUGAAUAUGAUAUCACAAAUAAAAGAUAAGUUCGCGCUUGCAAUCCUAAUGAUCGAUUUAAUCGAUUUUCCAUGUUCCAUUUGGCCAAAUAUCAUUGAUAUCAUCGGAGAAAAGCGUCCGGUAGUUGUGGUUGGCAAUAAAGUUGAUCUUUUGCCACAAGAUUCCAAAGACUAUCUCAACCAUGUGACGAAACGUCUGGAAGAUGCUCUUGUCGAAUUCGGGUUGUCGAGGGCAAACAUCAAACACACAUGCUUGAUAUCGGCCAAAACCAAUUAUGGAAUUGAAGAUUUGAUCACUUGCCUCCACACAAUCUGGCCGAACAAAGGCGAUGUGUAUUUGCUUGGAAAUGCAAAUGUGGGAAAGAGUACGUUAUUCAAUGCUCUAUUGGGCUCCGACUAUUGUAAAAUCCGUGCACGAAACUUAAUACGGCGUGCAACAUCUAGCUUAUGGCCAGGAACAACACUCCGUAUGCUGAAAUUUCCAAUUGCUCGACCAUCAAACGCGUUGUUGUAUGAGCGAAGAAAACGUUUAAUGAACGAAGAAAGGAAGCAACAAGCUUUAGAAAGUCUAAGACGCAGUCAAAUUUUCACGGGUCGAACACCAGAGAAAACACUAAUGGAACAUAUUGGUUUAACCUACGAAUUAUUACCAGAUGCAAAAGAAGAGAAUGAAAUACAAUUGACCGAUGCACCGCCGACAGAGAAAUAUUUCAAUGAGCAUCAUAAGUCCUUCAAAUAUGGCAAGUGGCUGUACGAUACACCGGGCGUUAUACAACACGAGCAAAUAAUAAAUUUUCUGACAAGUGAAGAGCUGCUGUACACAAUCCCAAAACUGACUCUUUGGCCAAGAGUAUUUUAUAUGCUGCCUGGUCAAUCAUUGUUUCUCUCUGGUCUUGGCCGGGUCGAUUAUAUCGGUGGCGCCAGUGAAAUGCGUUUGGCUGUGUAUGCAUCUGAGAAGCUAUCGAUAAUGAUUGUGAACACAGCGAAGGCGGAUGAAAUUUAUCGAGCAUGUCUUGGCACUGAGCUGCUGAAUGUUCCACGGGGCGAGGAGAAACGUAUACAGGAAUUUCCACCACUCGUUCGAUACGAGGAGAAAAUCUCGGUUGGAAACUAUUAUGACACACGAAACAAAUCUGUUUGUGAUAUCAUCUUGUCAUCCGCUGGCUGGGUGUCGGUGAAUUUACCACCAACUGAAACUGCCCAUUUCUAUGCAUGGACACCAGAGCAACGUGGAAUUUUUGUUCGAAAACCGGCUUUACUUCCGCAUGCCGCCCAUUUGUAUCGUGGUAAACGUCAGAAGUUCACACCAGCCUAUGCACAAAAAGAACCAACCGAAGUUAAACAUUGAACGCAUGUUCAUACAAAUAGUUUUGAAUAAAUAAAAAAACACACACCGUAUAUGUAA